AUGGCGGCCCCGGCGGCCGCAGCGGCGGAGGAAGGGAUGGAACCGCGGGCGCUGCAGUAUGAGCAGACCCUGAUGUAUGGCCGCUAUACCCAGGACCUUGGGGCUUUUGCCAAAGAGGAAGCUGCCCGCAUUCGCCUGGGAGGGCCGGAGCCCUGGAGGAGCCCGCCUUCCCCGCGGACGCCCCCAGAACUCUUGGAAUACGGACAGAGUCGUUGCGCCCCCUGCCGCAUGUGUUCUGUGCGAUGCCACAAGUUCCUGGUGUCCAGGGUUGGUGAAGAUUGGAUUUUCCUGGUCCUGCUAGGGCUCCUCAUGGCACUGGUCAGCUGGGCCAUGGACUACGCCAUUGCUGCUUGUCUGCAGGCUCAACAGUGGAUGUCCCGAGGCCUCAACACCAACCUCAUGCUGCAGUACCUUGCCUGGGUCACCUACCCAGUUGUCCUCAUCACUUUCUCUGCUGGAUUCACACAGAUCCUGGCCCCUCAGGCUGUCGGGUCCGGCAUCCCCGAGAUGAAAACCAUCUUGCGGGGAGUGGUGCUGAAAGAAUACCUCACCCUGAAGACCUUUGUUGCCAAGGUCAUCGGGCUGACCUGUGCCUUGGGCAGUGGCAUGCCCCUGGGCAAAGAGGGCCCUUUUGUGCAUAUCGCCAGCAUGUGUGCCGCCCUUCUCAGCAAGUUCCUCUCCCUCUUUGGAGGUAUCUACGAGAAUGAAUCCCGGAACACAGAGAUGCUGGCUGCCGCCUGUGCUGUGGGCGUGGGCUGCUGCUUCGCAGCCCCCAUCGGAGGCGUCCUGUUCAGCAUCGAGGUCACCUCCACCUUCUUCGCCGUGCGCAACUAUUGGCGUGGCUUCUUCGCCGCCACCUUCAGCGCCUUCAUCUUCAGAGUCUUGGCUGUCUGGAACCGGGAUGAAGAGACCAUCACUGCCCUCUUCAAAACCCGAUUCCGGCUCGACUUCCCCUUUGACCUGCAGGAGCUGCCAGCCUUUGCUGUCAUUGGUAUCGCUAGUGGCUUUGGGGGUGCCCUCUUUGUCUACCUCAACCGCAAGAUCGUGCAGGUGAUGAGGAAGCAGAAAACCAUUAACCGCUUCCUGAUGCGAAAGCGCCUGCUCUUCCCGGCCCUGGUGACCUUACUCAUCUCCACCCUGACCUUUCCCCCUGGCUUUGGACAGUUCAUGGCCGGACAGCUCUCACAGAAGGAGACACUGGUCACCCUGUUUGACAACCGGACCUGGGUCCGCCAGGGCCUGGUGGAGGAACUGGAACCACCCAGCACCUCGCAGGCCUGGAGCCCACCCCGUGCCAACGUCUUCCUCACCCUGGUCAUCUUCAUUCUCAUGAAGUUCUGGAUGUCUGCGCUGGCCACCACCAUCCCAGUGCCCUGUGGUGCCUUCAUGCCAGUGUUUGUCAUCGGAGCGGCAUUCGGGCGCCUGGUGGGAGAAAGCAUGGCAGCCUGGUUCCCCGAUGGGAUUCACACAGACAGCAGCACUUACCGGAUUGUGCCAGGGGGCUAUGCAGUGGUGGGAGCGGCUGCAUUGGCGGGAGCAGUGACGCACACUGUGUCCACGGCUGUGAUCGUGUUCGAGCUCACGGGCCAGAUCGCUCACAUCCUGCCUGUCAUGAUUGCCGUCAUCCUGGCCAAUGCCGUGGCACAGAGUCUGCAGCCCUCACUCUAUGACAGCAUCAUCCGGAUCAAGAAGCUCCCCUAUCUGCCUGAGCUGGGCUGGGGCCGCCACCAGCAGUACCGGGUGCGAGUGGAAGACAUUAUGGUGCGGGACGUUCCCCAUGUGGCGCUCAGCUGCACCUUCCGGGACCUGCGGCUAGUACUGCACAGGACCAAGGGCCGCACUCUGGCCCUGGUGGAGUCUUCUGAGUCCAUGAUCCUGCUGGGCUCCAUCGAGCGUGCACAGGUUGUGUCACUACUGGCAGCCCAGCUGAGCCCAGCCCGCCGGCGGCAAUCCAAGCAGAAGCGCAGGGCUGCACAGACCUCACCGCCGUCUGAGCAGGUGAGUCCCCCCAGCCCUGAACCUUCUGUGUGCUUCCAGGUGAAGGCAGAGGACUCCGGCUUCCCUGGAGCCCAAGGGGAAACUCACAAACCCCUAAAGCCUGCUCUCAAAAGGGGGUCCAGUAACCCCAUGAACCUUGGUGACAGUCCCACAGGGCACGUGGAGUCUGCUGGCAUCGCCCUCAGGAGCCUCUUCUGUGGCAGUCCCCCUCCGGAGGCCAAAGCUGAACCGGAGAAGUCAGAAUCUAGCGAAAAACGCAAAUCCAAGCGAGUCCGCAUCUCCCUAGCAAGUGACUCGGACCUAGAAGGUGACAUGAGCCCUGAGGAGAUUCUGGAGUGGGAAGAACAGCAACUGGAUGAGCCUGUCAAUUUCAGUGACUGUAAGAUUGACCCUGCCCCCUUCCAGCUGGUGGAGCGGACCUCUCUGCACAAGACCCACACCAUCUUCUCACUGCUGGGAGUGGACCAUGCUUAUGUCACCAGCAUCGGCCGACUCAUUGGAAUUGUUACCCUAAAGGAGCUCCGCAAGGCCAUUGAGGGCUCUGUCACGGCACAGGGCGUGAAGGUCCGGCCACCCCUCGCCAGCUUCAGAGACAGUGCCACCAGCAGCAGCGACACAGAGACCACCGAGGUGCACGCACUCUGGGGGCCCCGCUCUCGCCACGGCCUCCCCCGGGAGGGCAGUCCUUCUGACAGCGAUGACAAGUGCCAGUGAAACUCCUCCAGAGGCAGCUCUCCGGCUCCUGCCCGUGGGAAGGCAGGAGUCAGCCAUCCACGGCCCUGGCCACACUCCCAGACCUACUGGUCUCUCUCCCAGUUUUUCCUCCGUGGAAGCAGACCCAGCACCUCCUGCACCCUCUCUGAACUGGGGGAAAAGGCUAGAACUAAGAUGGGUUUAUACUGGAACCUCCAAUGACAAGAUGU